GAGGAAGUUGUCAAUGCCAUUACAUAGAGAAGAAGCUGUCGACGCCAUUACAGAGGCUCUUGAUUGCAGCCUAACUGAUGAGAACGUCCAGAAGAAUUGUUGCACUGCACUUCUUAUCUUGGGAAGGUUUUUCUCUUGCUCCAGAAAAUCAUCACAAAGUUGGAUCUUAAAGCAAGAAGAUUGUAGUGGCAAUUCUGAAGUGAAUUCACUCGACAACGAAGAAGACAUUUCACUAGCUGAUGACAUGUCUCCAUUGGAUGAGGGAGAAAAUUCCAGUGAAGAUUGGUUGAGGAACUUGACAGUGUCACUACUCGGUUAUGGAAAGAAGUCUUUUGUAGAAACCCUUUCAAAGUGUUUAGGAUCCGAAAACUUGGAAUUGAUUAGAAUGUGCCUAAUCACCGUGGAAUGGUUGAGCCGCGCACUUUCUUCAUUGUCUGGUUCUGAGUUUCAGCUAUCCGCCUUCUCAUCUCUCAUUUUUCCACUAAAACAAUGUCUGAAGACCAGCGAGCUGGUUGAGCAGAAGAUCCUUGCUUCAAUGUCCAUGCUCAACUUCAGCAAAAUAUCCGAAUGCAGGGUGCUUUUAAGAGAAAACACAGAAGACAUUGCAGUUCCUCUAGAAAACCUUGCUGAAGUAACUUGGAGUGCAAAACUAUUACAUGACAUUAUUUCUGAAGAAAAUCAUUAAUCUAGCACGAAAGACGUUUACCGGUAUUAUUCCUCUGUAAUUUUCACAAUUGUGCAGGUGUUUACGUUUUCUUGGAGCAAAUCUGAAGCUUUCCUUAAGUCUUGAUUUGGCCAGGAAUUUUUAGACUGCUGUAGCGAGUGAUGUAUUGUAA